AUGAACGGCACCAACCGCCCUCCUUUAAACAUAGCCAUCAUCGGCGCAGGCAUUGUGGGUGCCCACGUUGCAAUCGGUCUUGUACACAGAAAUAUCCACGUCACCAUCUACGAGCAAUCGAGCCAGAUCAAGGAGAUUGGCGCCGGCAUCGCAUUUCCCACGCCCAUUGUGGAUUGCAUGACAGCCUUGGAUCCCGCCAUAACAGAACAGUUGCAAAAAAUAUCUGGCGUCUUUGAGAACCUCAACGCCAUCAACGGCUGUAGUGAUGAGGAUCUGAAACUUCGCCCGGCAGACAAACUAUUUGACGUCGUGGUCAAACCAUUCACAUACCACAGCACUCAUCGGGCCCAGCUGCUAGAUGGUCUGCUUGCGCUUAUACCACCAGAGCAUAUAAAAAUGGGGAAACGUUUGGAAGCAAUUACACACAAAGAAGAUGACGAAGAGCCUCUUCUUCUUCAAUUUUCUGAUGGCACUACGGCCGAAGCCGACGCAGUCAUAGCAUGCGAUGGCAUCAAGUCACAAGUUCGGCGCAUUCUCUUGGGCAACGAUGAUCCAGCGGCUUUGCCUCACUACUCUUAUACAAGUGCCUACCGCGGACUAGUACCCAUGGAAAAGGCAGAGGCAGCUCUUGGGAAACUCUCCAAAGAAUCUGUGUCGUAUCUAGGCCGAGGAGCAUCUUUGUUUACAUAUCCCAUCGUAAGCAAGAACGCUUUGAAUACGGUCGCUUUUGUGCAUGAUGAGGGCGAAUGGCCUGAUUUUAAACAUUUAACAAUUCCAGGGAAAAAGGAAGAUGUUGUGGCAGCCUUCUCUCACUUCGGCCCUUCAGUGAGAGAUCUUGUGGCAGCCCUGCCGGAAGAGCUCAACCGCUGGGCCAUGUUCGACACCUUUGACCACCCCCUCUCGACCUUCGCCUAUGGACGCGUCGUUCUCGCGGGAGAUGCCGCUCAUGCGUCUACACCCCAUCAUGGUGCCGGCGCCGGAAUGGGCAUUGAAGACGCACUGGUGAUGGCAACGCUUUUAAAGAAGGUUGCGGAUACUCGAGGCCUGUAUGAACGCUCUGGUGCCAAAAACAGAGCACUCGAGGCUGCCUUCAAGGCGUAUGAUUCUGUCCGGCGAGAAAGGGGACAAUGGGUUGUUUCCAGCAGCCGUUUUGCCGGCAACUCAGCGCAGGGGCGCAACCCUGGCAUUGGAAGCGAUCCUACUUUGUACACAAGAGAUAUUACGGAAAGGAUGAACAAGGUCUUUUCAUAUGAUUGGAAGAGCUCGCUUGUUCAGGCUAUAGAUGAGUAUGAACGUCAAUUGGGAGUUUGAGCUAGAGGUAGUAGUAUUAGAUAGAGCACACGACAUAGGUCUUAAUACGGGUUUCAUGUGAUA